AUGGUGGUGGCAGUGAUGCUGCUACUGGGGAUGAAGGGUUUACCUCUGCUUAUUCAGAGAACAAUUGCCAGGACCGUCAUGUUACAAGAAAGCAUUGACAAAGGUCAGUUUGGAGAACUUUGGCUAGGAAAAUGGUGGGGAGAAGUUGCUAUGAAGAUAUUCUCUUCUAUGGAAGAACAUUCGUGGUUCAGAGAGACAGAGACUUAUCAGACUGUGAUGUUACACCAUGAAAACAUCCUAGGAUUUGUAGCAGCAGAUAACAAAGACAAUGGCAUAUGGACUCGGCUGUGGCUGGUGCCGGAUUACCAUGAGCAUGGAUCCCUCUUUGAUGACUUGAAUAGAUACACUGUUACAGUGGAAAGGAUGAUCACACUCACUCUGUCCACAGCAAGCGGUCUUGCCCAUCUUCACAUGGAGAUGGUUGGUACCCAAGGAAAGUCAGCUAUUGCUCGCAGAGAUUUGAAAUCAAAGAAUAACUUGGGGAAGAUGAAUGGAACGUGUUGUAUUGCAGACUUGGGACUGGCUGUGAGACACAAUUCUACCACAGAUAUAAUUGCUAUUGCUCCAAACUACUGA